GGUGGCGAUGACGCGCCGACCAAUAACCACCAACGAAGAAGACGCUGGCUCCUCCUCCAACAACAAUGGCGUCCUCCACGAUAGGAGACGGCGUGAGCGAAAAAGGAAAAAAAUCAAAAAAGACUAAAGACCAAAUGGAUGAAUCUGAACUCCUGACGGUUCCUGAAGGAUGGAAAGAGGCGCCUUUCACCAAGGACGACAACCCCCGCGGUCUGAUGGAGGAGAGCAGCUUUGCCACCCUCUUCCCAAAAUACAGAGAAGCCUACCUGAAGGAGUGCUGGCCUCUGGUGGAGAAGGCCUUAGGAGACGUACACAUCAAAGCCACUCUGGACCUGAUCGAAGGAAGCAUUUCAGUUUGCACCUCUAAGAAAACAUACGACCCGUACGCCAUCGUGAGAGCCAGAGACCUCAUCAAGCUGCUGGCCCGGAGCGUCCCGUUCGAACAGGCUGUGCGGAUAUUACAGGACGAUAUGGCGUGUGACAUCAUCAAAAUCGGCACCCUGGUGAGGAACAGAGAGCGGUUUGUGAAGCGUCGACAGCGGCUGAUUGGCCCCAAGGGCUCCACGCUUAAAGCUUUAGAGUUGUUGACCAACUGCUAUGUGAUGGUGCAGGGGAACACGGUGUCGGCUCUGGGGCCCUUCAACGGUCUGAAGGAGGUACGCAAAGUGGUGAUGGACACGAUGAAGAACAUUCACCCGAUCUACAACAUCAAGACGCUGAUGAUCAAGCGGGAGCUGUCCAAAGACGCCGACCUGCGCUCCCAGAGCUGGGAACGCUUCCUGCCCAAGUUCCGCCACAAGAACCUGGCCAAACGGCGGGAACCCAAGAAGAAGAGCGUGAAGAAGGAGUACACGCCGUUCCCUCCGGCGCAGCCCGACAACGCGGUUGAUAAGGAGCUGGCCACCGGAGAGUUCUUCCUGCGUGAGAGUGUGAAGAAGAGGAAGAAGAUGGAAGAGGUCAAGGUGAAACAAGCCGAGGCGCUGACCAAGAAGCAGGAAGAGCGUAACAAGGCGUUCAUUCCUCCGAAAGAGAAGCCCUUAAUGAAGAAAACAGCUAAAGUUUCUACAGAAAGCAAACUGGACAUCGAGGCCCUGAAGGAGAAAGUGAAAAAAGCCAAAACCAAGAAACUGGGGGCUCCACCAGUGAUCCCAGCGCCCCCCACCAUUGGCAACCUAAACAAAAAGCAAAAGAGCAAAACAAAAAACAAAAGAUAACUGUGUGUGUGUGUGUGUGUGUGUGUGUGUGUGUGUGUGUGUGUGUGUGUGUGUGUGUGUGUGUGUGUGUGUGUUGAGCUACUUUGUGAGAUGAGGAUUUCCUGUUGGUGUCACCGAUCCAAUCCUCCGUCGGUGACACGUCUCCCUUUCUCCUCAUACGUUUCCUGGUUUUGUAUAGGUGUGAAAAGGCACCGCUCUGCUUCAAACGGAUGCAAAUGUAAAAUUAAAGGAAGGUUUUAUAAUCAGAA